AGCAACGGUCACAUGCGCGGGGGGAGAAAGCAAUUCCAAGGAACGUGAACCGUGACAACAUUUAAGCAAAUCACUCUUUACCUUCUCAACCUUCAUAUCAUAUCCCCUCUUCUUCCUCACCUUCACUCCCUCACUUCUCUUCUUCACUCGGACCACCAAUAAGGAAUGGAUAGUUACAGAAAGCCAUCGCCUCUGAAGCCAUGGAAGAAGGGUCCAGCCCGAGGCAAAGGCGGACCCCAGAACGCUCUUUGCCGAUAUCGGGGCGUAAGGCAGAGGACUUGGGGCAAAUGGGUAGCCGAGAUCCGUGAGCCCAAGAAGCGAACCAGACUCUGGCUCGGUUCUUUCUCCACUUCUGAAGAAGCCGCCAUGGCUUAUGAUGCAGCCGCUCUGAAACUCUACGGACCCGAUGCCUAUCUCAACUUGCCACACCUUCAGUCCAAUAACACCGAGCCACCUCAGAACGGCAGGGCCAAAUGGGUGCCUUCGAGGAAAUUCAUCUCUCUCUUUCCCUCUUGCAGUUUGCUCAACGUGAAUGCUCAGCCAAGCGUUCAUGCCAUUCAUCAGAGACUGGAGGAGCUCAAGAAGACCGGACUUCUAUCUCGGAACAAUUCUUCAAAAACUAAUAAUAAUAAUAAUAAUAAUAACACUUGCCUUGUCGUUGAUGGCAAGACCAGAGAAGAUGAACCUCGGCAAAAAGCGGAGCAAGACAAGAGCAUAGAGGUUUCGACAGAUAUGGAUGACCAGAAGAAGAAGAAACCGGAGAUUGACCUCACCGAGUUUCUUCAGCAACUCGGAAUCUUGAAGCAAGAUAACCAAGACGAAGCAAGUGACGUUCUUGAAUGUCACUCGGCAACAUCCGGGAAAUAUCAAGAUCAAGAACCCGAGAGCUCUUUCGAGGAUCAGAUUUUCAACUGGGACACGUUGACAGGAGCUUCUACAACGCAGCAGUUCCAUGGCAGUAACUUACAGACCUACGACCUUGAUGAUGAUGAUUCGAUAUUCCCUUCUUCCAUCUGGAACUUCUGUGAGAGCUUAGAUUGAGUGAGAGCUACUGAUAGAAAACCCAACUCUCAGAAGUAAGAUCAGACUUUAGUUUUCAGUCUAGUGUUUCUUCAUAUAUUAACAUAAUAGAUAUACCUAGAUAGAGAAGAUAUGGCACUAGUGCAGUCCAUAAGGCCAGCAAAUGAGUGUAUCAGUGUACUUUUUGGAUGAUAAUAAGCUGUUUGGGUCUUUGAGAUAUUAGACGUGUCCACGGUUUCCAUUCCUUCUGGCUCAGGAGAUAGAAAUUGAAGCACGUCUUUGGCAAGUAACCCGGGAAAAUCUUGCCUACGAA